CACACUUGCAGCCGGUAUAUCCUAGAUAUGCAGACCUUUUGUGUGUGCCUUUGACAGUUCACAACAGCACCCCAUAAGUGGGCUAUCGGCGGAGGUUUCGUUUUAAGUUCUAGGAAAUUCCCGUAUCUAAGAAACAGCUAUUGGGAAACCCCAGGUGAGCAGGAAGUAAAGUAUCUGCGUUGCGUUGUGCGCGCCAUUGAGGGAUAUCAGCCUGCGAGGGCAGACAGAAACACAGGAACAGCUCUGAAGUCAUUUGCAGCUCUUGCUGUCGUGAUCUACGUACAGAUCAUAAAGAAAUCCGGUCUCCGAGGACAGUCCCGCGUAAGAGUAGCCAGCCUCAGCGAGAUAUUCAACUAUGCUACUCAUAUCUGCUUGGGCAGUGGUAGUGACAGUGACGUUGUCCACUGCCUGUGCUGCUGACCUUAGUCUGGAUGAACGCUGGGCGGAAUUUAAGCUGAAGAACAACCGGGAGUACAAGAGAGAUGUUGAGGAAGCCAGGCGCACUGUAUGGGAGAGAAAGGUGAAGGACAUUGACAGGCACAAUAGGGAGGCGGACCAAGGACUACAGACCUACUGGAUGCAGGAAACACAGUGGGAUGACAUGACGUACGACGAAUAUAUUGCAUACCAUCACGGCGAAGACAUCAACGUCAACAGCAUGUAUAGAGUCAAGAGAGCGAACAGAAACGGCACAGGAGAUUGCUUCGAAGAAGAAAUAUGGGCAUCCUCGGCAAACCCUUACGCCUACAACACCGUGGACGGUUUACCAAAGAAUGUCGACUGGUCCAAGAAGGGCUAUGUGACGAGUGUAAAGAACCAGGCAAGGUGUGGGUCGUGUUGGGCAUUUGCUGCAGUUGGAGCGUUGGAGGGUCAGCAGUACAAGAAGAACAAGAGGUCUGUCAAUCUCUCCCCACAGGACCUUGUCGACUGCUCCUCAGGUCAAGGAAACAAAGGUUGCGAUGGCGGGCUACCCAUUAAAGCGUUUGCCUAUGUCGUUCUAAAAGGCAUCGCCACAGAUAAAUCCUACCCCUACAAAGCAGUUGCCGGAACAUGCAAGUCAAGAUCUUCCAUCUCGAUUGGGCUCAACAUCAAAGGCUACAAGACCCUGAGAACGGACGCCAAGCUGAAGAACGCUCUGGCAUACAUCGGGCCUAUAUCUGUGGGAAUCCAGACAGGGUCCCGGAUGCAGUCGUACAAGCGUGGUGUGUUCAACGACUGUAGUGGUGCUGUCAAUCAUGCUGUUCUGGUUGUGGGGUACACCACGUACAACAACGUCCCUGUUUGGAAAGUGAAGAACAGUUGGGGACCGAGCUGGGGAGAAGACGGUUAUUUCUACCUGCCAAGAAACAAGGAGAAUGCGUGCAUGAUCUCAAGCUUUGCAUCCUACCCAACUCUGACGGAGGUAGUAAGGGGACCAUUGCACGCUGGUGAAGUUGCUGCUGCAGUCGAUGGUGCUGGCGUCGUUGCAUCUACCACCGCAAUGUUCAUACUGCUGCUCCUGCCAACUAUGUUACUUUAAUACUUUAUCAGUGUCCACCAAACAAACCAGUCGCUUUGAUAACUCUUUGUCCAUUAACCUUUUCAAACAUUCCUUCUUUUUCUGUAGGUUUUCAAAACUUCAUAGUAAUAUGUUUUGCUGCAUAAUAAAGACAUAUUUGCAUUAA